AGUGCGCAGAGUCGAGCGUCGAGUGCGUCGGGUCACAAAGCACCGAUGCUCCCGAUUGAACUCACUGCCCUGCCGCCCGUGCAUCUGCGCCAACGCACGUGAACGACUGGUGAUCGAUUGCCUGUGACAAAGUAUAACGACGCAGCAAGUGAAUGCGAGAGUGAGCCUCUGAGCGACGAUGGACUCACAGCAAUCACCCCCCAAUGCGGCCGCGCCACCACCGAGCGACAAUAGCACAUCGAACACACAACUACCACCAACAGAAUCUCAAUCAGCACCCUCAGACGAACCCUCCGCCCUCGACCAAUCCACCGACAACGACCUCGACACCGACAUCGCCGACAACCCUCCAGCACCCACGACAAUGAACGGGUUAUCCCACCCUCCCACCAACCAACCCCAACCACAACAGCAACAACAACAACAACAAUCUCAUCCCACUCCCUCAACCCAACCCACCAACCUCCCCGCCGUCCCAAUGGAACCCCGCAUCCCCGCCAAAAAAGACGCCUCCCUGCGCCAAUUCCUUUCGAAAAUGGACGACUACGCUCCCCUCAUCCCAGACGCGGUAACAGACUACUACCUCACCCUCUCCGGCCUGCCUCCACCCCCGCAAACCGACCGCCGGCUCGCCCGCCUCCUCGCCCUUGCAACCCAAAAAUUCAUCGCGGAUAUCGCCGCGGACGCGUACCAAUACAGUCGCAUCCGGUCGACGAACACGACGAGUAAUAACCCAUUGACGGGGUUGGGAGGGGCGGCGGGGUUUGGGACGAGUGCGGCUGCUGAGGCUGGUGGUGGUGGUGGAGGUGGAGGUGGGGAGGGAGGAAAGGGCGGCAAGAAGGAUGUGGCUGGUGGUGGUGGUGGUGGGAGGGGUGCGCCGUUGGGAGGUCCCAGGGCCGGGUAUGGUGGGGG